AUGUUCGGACUACCUCAACAACCACCUUCUGAAGAGGAAAAAAAGGUUCAUCAGCAGCAAUCUAACCAAACCUUGAUUACUGCUGGCUAUGCAGCCGCUCUACUAUGGGUGUCGCCAAUUGUGUGGCAUUUUGUCAAGAGACAGUGGAAAUGA